UUUGAAACCGCGAAUUUAUUUUUCCGAUCAUGUCGUUUGAUUUGGAAACGGAACGAUCAGAUCGUUCUGUGCGAUAAUGCUGCUAUCGCUCCACACCUUAUCCACCAUUUUUACGCAGCCCACCGCAUACAUUCCACUCCGCACCAUCGUCACACGCCCCUUACUGCUCGACAUACAGCGUAAAAUGGCGCAGAUCAUCGAGUGUGUACCAAACUUCUCCGAAGGUCGUCGUCCCGAUGUGAUUGAAGCCAUCAGUAAGGCGGUGCGCAGCGUGCCCGGUGUGUCGUUGCUGGACGUGGAUCCGGGCAAAUCGACGAAUCGCACGGUGUACACGUUCGUCGGGAAUGCGGAGAAUGUGGUGGAAGCCGCACUGGCCGCGGCGAAAGUGGCCUACACGCUGAUUGAUAUGACCAAGCAUUCCGGGGAGCAUCCGCGGCUGGGUGCGCUGGAUGUCUGUCCGUUCAUUCCCGUGGCCAACAGCACGAUGGAGGACUGUGUGGAGUGUGCUAAUCGGUUCGCGAAACGGCUGGGUGAAGAUCUGAACGUUCCAGUAUAUAUGUAUGGUUUUGCUUCCGAUCGCGAUUACCGAAAACAAGUGCCACAGAUUCGGGCUGGUGAGUAUGAAGGAUUGGCAGAAAAGCUGAAGAAGCCCGAAUGGACACCCGAUUUUGGCCCGACCACCUUCGUUCCCCGGUGGGGCGCAACCAUUGCCGGCGCCCGCAAAUUUCUCGCCGCUUACAACAUCAAUCUUCUAUCAACAAAAGAGCAAGCCCAUCGUAUCGCUUUGAAUAUCCGUGAGCAGGGUCGCGGUCCCAAAGAGCCCGGUCGGCUAAAGAGCGUCCAGGGACUGGGUUGGUGGUAUGAAGAGGGAAAGAUUGCGCAGAUCUCCACCAACCUGACGGAUCUGGAUGUCACCACGCUGCAUGAGGUGUAUGAAGCGGCGCUCCACGAUGCCGGGGAACUGAAACUGCCCGUCAUUGGCUCGGAAUUGGUGGGAUUAAUACCCUUGAAACCAAUUCUUCAGGCGGCUGAUUACUUUAUCGAAAAGGAAAAUUUGUUUGUGCUGGAGGAAGAGCAGAAAGUUCAGCUGGCCGUAAAUCGUCUUGGAUUGAACACGCUGAGUCGUUUCGACUAUAAGACCAGAAUUAUCGAAUACGCGGUUGAUAAUUCCAAGAACGAGAGUCCUCUGCUGUAUUUGACCGUUAAAGAAUUCGUAAACGAGGUGGCUGCUCGGAAGCCGGCGCCGGGAGGUGGAUCGGUAGCUGCACUCAUAGGAAGCAUGGGUGCUGGAUUAUGUCGCAUGGUGGGCCUGCUGACCCACGGCAACAAGAAAUUCGAAGCGAUGGAAACCGAUAUGCGGCGUUUAACGCCGGUCUUCCACGUUGCCAUGAAUCGACUGCUGUUGCUCGUUGAUCAAGAUACGAAAGCCUUCAACUCCAUUCUAGAAGCUAACCGCUUGCCGGCGACUUCGCCUGAAGAAAAGACCGCCAAAGAACAAGCCAUCCAGCGCGCCACCAUGGAGGCCAUCAAUGUCCCGAUGGAGACGGCGAAAGCGGCCAAUUCCGUCUGGCGCGCAAUGGAAGAAUUGGCCGCCCUGGCCAACAUCACCGCCAUUUCCGAUCUGCAAGUGGGCGCCAAGAGUAUCGAGACGGCGGUAGCAGGAGCAGUGUGGAAUAUCCACAUCAAUUUAUCGGGGCUGACGGAUGCCGCUGCCAAGGAGCACAUCGCCGCGGAAGCGGAUGCCCAGCUAAAAUACUCCCAGACCCAGUUCUGGCGUGUAUGUGACAUGGUGGAGAAACGGAAAAAGAUAGUUUGAAGGGGAAAGUUUGAUAAAUUUCAGUGAAUGCUUUGCUUAAUAUUCAAAAUGUUGCUCAAUUCUGUUUGAAUUUUUUGAAAAGUUUAUUUUAAUUUUAUUUAUCUUCCGAAAUUGUUUUACUUGGUUUUCGUUUAUGUAUUUCUUAAUAUAUUUGUUUAUUGGUUUUUUUCAAAUGGUAUCCAGUACCAGCCAACAUUCGCGUUUUACAGAGCCUGUGUUUCAUUUUAUGUGAUGGAGUACAUAUUAAAGCUUUUACGUA